CUAUUACGUAGAUGUAGCGUGCGGAGGUAAAUUGUGCCGUAACGGUCUUCCUUUGACAUGAUGUCAUGUCAGUUCUGUAUCUGUAUAAUGUGCCAUUAAUCUGGUGAUGGUAGUUCAGAGCACCUCCCAAUGCUCUUGCGACAUGGAUGUGCAUGGAUCUCCCAUCGGCACCACGUCAGCGUGGCCGUGUACGGGUGAAAUCUGCAACACGUCGGCGUCGACGUGCACGGAGCCAGUCUACAUCACAGCAGCAUGGACGUCCUCGAGAAGAAUCUCCACCAGAGCAACGAGGAAGUGCACGCGACCAUUCUCGAGAAGGAAAGGCACUUGUCCAAUCUCUAGAAGGUCAACGUGGAAGUUCACGGAUCCAGUCUCGAGAAGGGCAACGUGGAAGAUCGCGGGUUCUGUCCCCACAACGGCGGCAUGGACGUCAACAACGUCGCCGGUCUCAAUCACGACAUCACAGACGUGCAGAGAGCCAAGCCCCACCACAACCACGUGGACGUACACGGCUCCUGUUUGUACUGAGUCAGCUGGUACAGUCGUGGCUGGAAUCUGUCAAGUGGAAACGCGGAUAUGCAUGGCAAGAGAUGGCACCACGCCUGUUGCUCUCCUUCGCUGCAGUGUUAAUAGUUGAGGCAUCCCUGGAAUAUCUUGUUGUGAAGUGGUUUGAGCCGGAGUUGAAGACUGGAGUAAAGAGUACCGAAGUGAUACAAGAAUACUGCAAAUGAUUUGUGAAAUCCUCGUGUUGACUCGUCAACCGUACUAACCCGGUGUUCGUCUACAAAAUAAUUUAUUUAUGGAAAUAAAAUACUUUCUUUUUUUUA